AUGCCAAACAUUUCCUCAUCCGACUCGACUGUAGCGAAAGACUACACAGAAUCACCACUGCCAUCAAAUAAACACACUGGCAAGAUAACCAUGUCAGACGCGGACUUCAUGAAAUUGUUAUCCAAAGAAAGCUACGAUACCAGGAAGAUAGAACAACAACGUCAAGAUCGUGAGGCCAUAGAGAUGAAUCAGAAUCAAUCAUUCAAGUUCCAGGACAAUUCAUCUGGACACAAGAAAGAUUAUAUGCUCAAUCCACCCUAUGAUGAGACUCGCAAUGUGAGAGAAAUGAAGAAAAAAAGUAGACGUCCAAGAAAGUACAGUAAUGAAAUACCUACUGUUGAGAGUACUUUUUCCUCUGAUGUCUCAUCUACUGUUGGACUAUAUUCUCAAGCCGAACAUAAGAUAGUUCACCGAAGACCACGAGUCAAUCACCAGGCGGGACCACAGGAGAUGCAACAACAAGAGACAAACACGAAAUCAGCUAGUUCUGCUUGGAUUUCCGAUGCAGUUACCACAAAGAGGUCAGGCAAGAAGCAUCAGGAGAAAGAAGUUCAGUUUGCUAUGGCACCGAAAGCAACAAAAGAUCGCCAUCAUGCAAGAAGAAAUGCCAAAUAUGCUGCAGAAUUCAAAUCACUAGAAGCUCGAUUCGUUCCCAGAAAAAAUCUCGAGCCAGAGGAUUUUGAUGUUGAAAGCGACAGAAACCAACAAUUUGAAACCUUCGUCAAAAACUCGGCACCAGUACUCAGUGAGAUCAAAGCUAGUUUCCAAUUGACAAGGGACAGAGCGACAACAGCAAUCAAAAAUAGUCAGAUUGCUAGAGCAGAAGCAACGAAAGUCAUCUUGGAAAGUCAGGCUGUCAGAGCUAGAAUUGAAAAAGCUCUUGUACAGAGACUUGCCGCAAAAUCUUAUGCGGAGAGUGCUGAAAGGGGUGGACUAUCAAGAGAAACAAGUGCAAAGACUGUGAUUGCUUCUUCGGUCGACGGUUCUGUUGAGGACAUCCUGGAAAUGGACAAGAAUAACAACAAAGAGAUUGCUGGAGAAAAGGUGCAAGAAGCUGUUCAAUCUGCCGAAAAAGCUGUCCAGAAGGCUGUUCAAUUCCAAGACAGAACAGUUCAACCCUGUGCCGAUUCUCCCCAGACUUCCAACAGUCUCACCAACACGAUGGAAAGCAAUACGAAGAAUACUGAUGGUGAGGCUGCCACCAAGGUAUCGAAGUACACAUGGUCUAUGGAAAAUUAUAAGAUUGAGUUUGUGACAGAGGCUGAGGAUGAUGCUGAGAAGGCGGAGGAUGAUGCCGAGAAUGCGGAAGAUGAUUGGGUUGAGGUAAUGGAUUACGAUGAGGAUGAGGAUGAGGUUGAAGAAGAUGGUUGGCUCCUUGCAUGA